CGUGACCGAGGAGAGCACGAGGCCGCGUGCUGACAGUCAGACAUACAAAACACACCCAGCAUCCAGUCGUCGGAGAAGUAUGGGUCAAGUUGGACCCAUGUUUUUACGAAUAUACUCUGUCUAUCGCCACAAGAGACUACAAGGGAUGACCUCAGUUCAUGAUAUGCAAGUAGUGACUGGCUAUAGAGAUUCUUUUUGUCUGGAUUUGUAUCAUUCCUAGUCCAAACUAUCGAUUUGGUGCGUUCCACUUCAUCUGGCAUGAUGCAAAGGCUCUCGCGAUUCCAAGAUGUCUUGCCUUUAGGGUCAAGGCGCACGGAUGUUUUAUCAGCUGGAAUGGUCAGACUGUUUUCAGACGAAGUGUUUAAAACGGAAUAUCAGGAUCGAGAACGUUCAAGAUCUGUGACAUCGUUUUAUUACCAGAGCGCUAUCGAUCAGACAGCGGCCAAGCCAUCGGUGCGUCUUACCCCUGCUGCAAUCCUCUAUGCUGGGCGCAGUUCCGACCAAAGUCAUAUUUUGCGAAGUGCCCAAUAUCUACACAAAGAACUUCCUGUUCGUAUCGCACACAGAAUUGCAGGUUUCCGGGGACUUCCUUUCAUUGUUGGGUGUAACCCGACCAUCUUACAAGUUCAUGAGCUGUACAUCCGGGCGUUCCACAUCCUGUCGGAGAUGAUGCCAAUAACAGGCAUGAAGUCAGAUGAACACUUCUCCGAGACCCUUCGGAACCUUCUCGACGACCACAAGAACAAUGUCACUCUUCUAGCCGAGGGAUUUGCAGAGUGUCGCAAACAUAUCAAGGAUGAGGCCCUUAUCAAGAGUUUCUUGGACAAGACUCUGACAUCCCGCCUGGGGAUCCGAAUGUUGGCGGAGCACCACCUGUCGCUCCACCUGGAAAGGCCAAACCAUGUGGGCAUCAUCAACGUUGGUUUCUCGCCGAGAAAGCUUAUUGAAAAGAAAGCCGAAUUUGUAAGGGAUGUGUGUAUUGCCAAGUUCGGCAAAGCGCCUCAUGUGAAACUGAACGGCCAUCUGAAUGCUACGUUCCCGUACAUCGCGCCCCCACUGGAUUACAUCCUUACUGAGCUCAUCAAGAAUGCUAUGAGGGCAACAGUGGAGUCCCAUCUUGAUGCUCUGCAUGGUCUCCCGGACAUCUACAUCACCGUGGCCAGCAGUGAGGAGGAGUUUGUCAUCAGGAUCUCGGACCGUGGUGGCGGUAUCCCCCCGAAGGUCCUCGCUAAGGUCUGGGACUACAAUUUCACCACCUCGGGGGCUGUGACUGACGACCGCGUGGAUGGAGGUCUCUUCGGACAGAUCAUGAACACUGACAACUCCGGACCUGCGCCUGGCAAGAUGCAUGGGUACGGCUUCGGCCUACCCACAGCCCGGGCUUAUGCUGAGUAUCUUGGAGGCCGCCUCACCCUGGAAACGCUGGAGGGCAUCGGCACGGAUCUCUACCUGCGCCUCGCACACAUGGACAGCAAGUCCGACAAGUUUCGAAUCUAAACAGUCAGCUUGGAUGCCAACUUGACGAUCGUGUGGAUUGUGUUUGAAUCCUGGCCAGCUGGUGGAAACAGUUGGCCACUGUCAGUUGAUCAUCGAUUGUGGUCCUGGACACACUCCAGGGUUUAUAGACUUCCCACUGUCCCAGCAUUGUAACUUCAUUUAUGCCGGUACACUUGUACCAAAUUUGACGUAUUUGUUCCCUGACACUCGAACGUUGAUUUGGGAGGUUUUUGUCUGACUUUGCAAUUUGUUUGUACGGUGAUUGAAGAUUUAAUGUUUGACGCAAAGAACAAUAUAUAACAUGGUUGGUAGGGUAGCCUAGGGUAGCCUAGGGUAGCCUAGGGUAGGCUAGGGUAGCCUACUGGUUAAACCGUAUGAAGCCAAUUUCUGGAGUCCCUUUCCGUGAUAUUGCUGGAAUAUUGCUAAAAGCAGUAUAAGCCUAUACUUACUCACUCGCUCACUAAACACUAUAAACAUUGUUUAGAGGGACAGGGCACGGAUACUGUUGAGUACAUACUCAGUAAUAGAUCAUACAUGAAUCUCAUAUAAAGCUUAUCUUGAAUCGGAGGACACAUUGUAGACUGUUUGUACUGAAGACAUUGAUUUGUGUUUCUGUGUAGUUCGGUCAUAAAUUUUUGGGGUAGAUGGUCUGCCAUACCUCGUUACCUCCCUUUGAUGUUUGGGAUGCAAUGCUGUGGUGAUUAAUAGGGGAUUGGAUGUAUAUUGUUUAUUGUUUCUGCCAGUAUAGGAGAGGCAGGGAAUUGAUAUGUAUGUUGUCCUUGUUUAUAUUUGUUGCCAUGGUUGCCCUUAUCGCCAUGGUAACACCCACUGUAGUAAAAUUUGUCACCAUCAGUCUCAUCACCCGUAAAUUCAUAUGAAAUAUAUUUGAUGGUCGUAUAUGAGCUACAUUGAUGUGAAUGUAGAAUAUGUUGGACAUGUGGACUCAUUUGUAGAUCUCAUGACAUUUUUUGUCAGUAUGUAGUUUAAGUUGGUUAUUCCGGUUUGAGGAAUGUACUCAAUCUCGUGUGCCAUUCUGGUACAACAUACCUGAAGGUCUCUGAACUCAGACAGAUUAAGUUUGAGGAUGCACUUCUUGCGUCAUGUUUUGAGUCAUAUUUAGCAGAUUGUUAUGUUUGUGUUUUAGUCCGAGAUGUACUUUCCUCCCUGUACAGUGUCCUGCAUCAUGUCUGUGGAUGGUGUGGUAUUUCACCGUAUGGCAUUGUCAGUUGAUAACAGAUUGAACCAACCACAGCUAGUUGUGGCCCUGCACCAUGUGUGAUCAAGCACGACUGAACAUCAUAUCAAGUUUGUCUGUGAUUGAGCCAAGUCACAUUAAAGACAGCUUUGUUCACAUAUCA